GCCUUCGCCGCAGAGAACCCUCGCGAGUUCCUGGUCCAGGUGCUGGAGAGGGUGCAGGCUGGGAGCCGGGGCGAGGGGCAGUACCCCUGCCUGAUGGACGAGGAGAACCUGGGCGCCAUGUUCAGCCUGCUGGACGCCGUCGGGCAGGGCCACAUCACGGCCGCGCAGUACAGAGCAGCUCUUAAAACUUUGGGUCUGAGCACUGAAGAUCUGCAGCUUGGGGAUGAUGCGACUGUCGCACUGGAUGUAUUCAAGGAAGAAGUGUAA